AUUUCUUUUGGAGAUGUAUGGAAACACGUGGCGCUAGUGUUCUCCGUUCCGUCCUGUGAGAGUGAGACUGUGAUUGUCAUUCGUGGAUGUGGAAUGUUUUGUGUUGUGAGUUAGUGCUAGUUAGAAUAAAUUGUUCUAACAUUGUUUGUCAUGCGGUUACGUACGUGUAUCGUUAGAUAAGCAACGGUAGUGCUGUGAUACUGCUGAAACAAUCCAAGCAGUGUGGAAUGGUUCCGGUGUGUUUGCGGUGUUUUGUCGAUUUGCGUAGUUGAGGCGAGCUCAGCACGAUGGGGAAGCUGCUUUCGAAAAUCUUUGGUAACAAGGAGAUGAGGAUACUAAUGCUGGGACUCGACGCUGCUGGAAAGACUACUAUUUUAUAUAAAUUAAAACUAGGUCAGUCAGUCACAACGAUACCUACAGUUGGUUUCAAUGUAGAAACUGUAACAUAUAAGAAUGUCAAAUUCAACGUAUGGGACGUCGGAGGGCAGGACAAGAUACGACCGCUCUGGAGGCAUUAUUAUACAGGUACUCAAGGUCUUAUAUUCGUAGUGGACUGCGCCGAUCGGGACCGCAUUGACGAGGCGCGGCAAGAGUUGCACCGGAUUAUCAACGACCGCGAGAUGCGCGACGCUAUAAUACUCAUCUUCGCCAACAAGCAGGACUUGCCAGACGCUAUGAAACCGCACGAGAUUCAAGAGAAGUUAGGCCUGACGCGCAUUAGAGAUCGCAACUGGUACGUGCAGCCAUCGUGCGCGACGUCGGGCGACGGGCUGUACGAGGGGCUCACUUGGCUAACGACCAACCACAAGUUAUGAGCUGCGGAGUAGGCGGUGUCAGCCGCCUCCAGCAUUGCACGGUGACGAUUUCGAUGCCAUUUAUCAUAAGUUUGCUGCGUCCGUGCUUGUCGGUCUCGUGAUAUAGGAAUAUCCAGUGAACCAUCAGUGGCGAUUGUCGAUUGGACUCAGAAAGUGAAUGUGCACAGACUUUAACGCAGUGAACCUAAAGACAUUACAUAGUUAGUCUACAAGUGAACUAAUUGUUACACAAAUGAGAAAUCAAUUAUUCCAUUAUUUAAAUGAAAACAUUAGAGCUUUGUUGUAUCGAAAUAUUUGAUUAUUAUUUUUUUAUGUUAUUUAAAAAAUAUGAAAUGAUUACAUAGUGUAAAAUAUG